AUGCGAGCUAAAGUAUUUUUAUUUUUUUUCGUUAUAACUAUUGUUCUUUGUGUUUGGUUCAUGCCAACUGGUACUGAGGCACUUCCCUAUUCACGUAAUGGUUUUGGACGAUGUCCACCAGCAUGUAGCGUAUAUUGUCCAUGUGGGAAUGUUGUUGACAGAAGUGGUUGCCCGAUUUGUCGCUGCCGACCCUCGAAUACGUGUACAGGGAAACAUCCAAACUCUUUUGGUCGACCACCACAUGUCAAAACACAUAUUUUUCAUUGA